CAAAAUGGAAUCAAGUUUUCUGCAUGGGUCGUUCCUGCUUCUGGUAUUGGCCUGUUCCGUACUGACAGCUAGUAUCAUGGACGAUUCGGAAGUCGAGUCAAUAACGGGUACCAGAGAACCGGAAACGAUUUCCACGACGGAAGUGGCAUCUGGGGUCGCGACUACCGUCCAGUCCUUAAGAGAAUCGCGAUGGUAUCGACCCGGCGGACUCGCCAGAGGAGGUGACGAUCACGACGAUCACGACGACGUGAUGGAUUAUCACGAUGCCCACGAGGUACACCAUGAGGAAAAGGCGAUGGUCGAGGGGAAGGAGGAUUACUGGGGAGGUUACUACGACUUCCUCAUUAACGAAGGAAGCUACAAAUUCUGGGCCGUCUUCCAGCUUGGAACAGCGGCGCUGCUGAUUUACAGCGGUUUCGCAGCGUUGUACUACGCAAAGGUGAAUCCUUCGACAGACGACGACUACGAGGAUUAUUUCCUGCGGAGACGUCGGUCGAUCUACCGACCCCCUCAGGAAAGGACCUUCCUUGGUCUGAGUCCCGAGGCUUUUCAAAGGAUACUGGACGCGGUGGCGAGGGAAUUUUACUGA